AUGCCAUCGCUUGUGCACCUGCUGCUCCUGACGCUGUUUUUGGUGGCCAUGCCGGCGCUGGGUCGCAAGGUGAAGCGGAAGGAGUCGCACUACCACCACCACGUCAAUGUUCCGCCCCCGCCGCCGCCGCCUCCAUCUCCCCAAGGACCGAGUCCAGUGCCGCAGCAAACGGUGGUGAUCGAGCACGAGGUGCCACCGUACACCUACGAGGCAAUUAACCACGAUGAAUUCGAGCCGGCCAAGGUGAAGCUCUCCCACUACGAAGCCUCCUCGGAUUACAUAGCCCACCAUCUGCAUAAUGGAGGAGGCGGAGGAGGAGGUGGCUACCUGGCCGACAAUGGACUCCGCAGCAUUGCCAAGGGUUCGGCGGAUCAGGCCCUGUCCGCAGUGGCCAGCCAAAAUGCAGCCGGGAAACAGGCUUCCUAUGUGGCCAAGAGCACUCUGGCCCAGGCGGCGGCCCAGGCAGCCGGCACAGCAGUGGCUGUGCUGAAGGGAAAGGAGGUGCUGCUCCAUCGACUGGAGGAUCAGAGCGUGGAGGCCCACAAGGCGAUGGAGAACGAGCUGACGCAGCUGCAGCAGGCCAAGAGAUCGGCGAAGGCGGCCCAAUAUGCCGCCCAGCAGGCCAUCAACCAUGUGAGCGUCCUGACCGCCGCCCUCAACAAUGCCCAGUCCGCCUCCGAGUUGGCCCAAAAGGCCGCCUCCGAGGCAGCCGCCGAAUUGGCCUCCCAAAUCGAUAUGGUGGCCCAGGCCAAGAGCAAACUGGAGCACGCCGAAUCGCAUGCGUAUGCAGCUCGUUUGGACUACGAGGAGACGAGGGACGCGGCGGAGAAGGCCACCCUGUCCGCCCAGGAGGCCCACUUGAAUGCCAACGAUGCCGCCCUGCACGCCAAUGUGGAGCUGGCCGAGACGGUCCACAUCCACGACAAGAGCGACCGGAAUGUGAGGGAGCCACCGCGGAACCACCGACGUCCAUGA